AUGGCCUGGCUGCUCUGCAUCACCUGCAUCCUGGUCUGCUGCCCGCUGCUGCUGCUGCACGCCAAAGCUUCAGCGGUGGGCGGGGCCCUGCAGGCUCUGGCUCACUCCUCCCCUCGACGCUUCCAGGAGAAUCUGUUUGGAGGGAAGUUUCUGAAGAGUGCCGCCUCCUUUAACUUCAGCGGGGCCGUGGGAGGUCAGGGAGCGCUCGGUCUGGACCGGCUCUCCUCUCAGAGCGCCUCCCUCCAGAAGCACCGGGACCUGGUCCAGUCUGUGAGCAGGACUCUGGAGGACCCGGCAUUCCUCUCUGUUCUCCAAAACACACUGAGGGGGCGGAGCAACUCCCACUCUGCACCACUGGACCAGGUUUUGACUUCUCUUCUGCUUUCCUGCUCUGGACACGAUUUUGACAACCCGGCGGCCAUCUUUGUUCCUAGCUGCACGCCGAGCGGUGGUUUCCAGGAAGUCCAGUGUCGAGGAGCAGAGUGCUGGUGUGUCGACUCUCAGGGUCAGGAGGUGGACGGGUCACGUUCUGCCGGCGGUCGCCCUCGAUGCCCGUCCCGCUGUGAGAGAGAGCGAGCGACGGCGCUGAAGAUGAAAGAAAACAUGGUCACCGGCGCUGAGAUCCACAUCCCAGCAUGCUCGGAGGACGGAGACUUCCUGCCGCUUCAGUGUGUCGGCUCACGCUGCUUCUGUGUGAACGCCGAGGGGAAAACCAUGACGGCCAGGCCAACAGGGGGCGCUGUCUCCUGUCCAGAGAGAAAAACUCAGAUGCCUCAGUCCCCCACAGGUUCCUGCUCUCAGGAGUUAGCCGAGGUCACAGCCUUCAGACAGGAAGCGAAGAGCAUCAUCAACCUCUCCAACUCCUCCCACCUCCCCCUGGGAUACGGAUUCCUACUGGCCGAGGGUCUGCGUCUGACCCCGGAGGAGCUCCAGGUCAGCCAAUCAGAGGAGGAGCUGCAGAUCACUGAUAGGCUGCUGAGCGGAUCCAAAGCUGCUAUGCGAUUGGCUGCUUUCUCCACUGUUCAGAUGUUUCUCCCGCCUCAGCGUCGCUCGUACGAGCCGUUCACUCCUCAGUGUGACGCUGACGGACUCUGGCUGCACACACAGUGUUACCACGGCACAGGUCAGUGUUGGUGUGUUGAUGAAGCUGGAGAGUACGUCCCCGACUCGCUGACCAGCCGCUCACUGCUGCUGCCCAAAUGUCUGACUCGGUGUCAGAGAGCUCAGGCUCACACGCUGCUCUCUGGUUGGACGAAAGGAUCUGACAGUACAAAUAACUCACCUUACCGGCCACAGUGUGAGGAGGACGGUCGUUUCUUGGUGCUGCAGACAGGAGGCGCUGCAGGCUGGUGUGUGAACCCCCUGACGGGAGAUACGAUGCAGACGGCAGCACCGAGCGCUCCUGGACAGCUGACAUGUCCUAGCUGGUGUGAGCUGAAAGAUUCUCAGUGUCGCCCCGAUGGCUCCUUCAUCCCACUGCAAUGUGAUGUCACUUCCUGUUGGUGUGUCUCUGAAGACGGACAGGAAGUGGGCGAUACCCGGACUCCUCGACAGACAGGAAGCACGCCGUCAUGUGACCGUCCUCUCUGUCCCGCCGCCAUUACCCAUGGUGCACUGGUGUGCCGCCCGUCAGUGGAUGGCCGUCAGAGCUGUGACCUUGUCUGUCACCGUGGUUACCAGAACUCACUCCCUGUCAGCAGCUUCCUGUGCGAGAGUGAGAGUGGGCGAUGGAUCGGCGACAACAAACCGCUGACAGGAACUUGUCAAAUCUCCCAGCCUCUUCAGUCGGUGGCGUCCUCUCAGCUCUGGAUGAUGUCAUCGUCCUGCUCUCAGAUCAGCAGUUUACAGACUCUGCUGUUGGACGCCAUGAGGAGCGGAGGGAUUGGCUCUCUGCAGCUGCCAUCGUCAGGCCGCUCUGUGUCCGUGUUCGGCGCCUCCUCGCUGAGUCUGCAGUGUGACGGCGACGACGCGCUGAAGCUGAUGAUCAGAUUUAAGGCCGACCUGUCCGACCUCCCGACCUCUGACCUCCCCGACCUCCACGACGUCAGUCUGUUUCUGAAUGAAACCAAACUCCUGGAGGGGGUGCAAGGUGUUCUGGGUAAUAUCCGCUCCGUGCUGACAUCAGAGCCCAAACUGGUUUCCGUGACAACACCGACUUUUGGCUGUUCCAGCGGUUUCCACCUGGACAGGGAUGGUGACGGUUGCGUCGUUUGUCCUGCUGGGAGUUUCUCCAGGGAGGGGGCGUGUCUUCUGUGUCCUCAGGGAACCUAUCAGGAUGAAGAGGGGCGGGACUUCUGCAACAAGUGUCCCACAGGCUCCUCCCCUGCUGGAUCAUCAUCUGUCAAUCAAUGUGUGACAGAGUGUCAGAGGCGGGGCCUGCGGUGUUCAGAGCAAGGUGACUUCCUGCCAGCGCAGCCUGACUUCCUGUCUGGCAGGUGGAGGUGUGUCAACAGUGAGGAGGCGGAGCUUGAGUGGACGAGCAGUGAGAAACCUCUGACAGAUGACGAGUGCUCAGUUCUCCGCAGGUUUCAGGCUGUUCCUGCAUCAGAUGUUUCUGUCGGCGCUGAUGACGCUGAUGUUCUGAAAACGAUGACCUCUGACCUCACUUCCUGUGUCCAAGCUUGUGCAGCGGAGCCGUCGUGCCACCAUGUGGCGCUGUUCAACAGACAGACUGAGUGUGAACUGUACAGCACGCACACACUCAACACACACUGCAACACCUCUCAGCAGACCAGUGGGUUUCUGGGUAAUCCUCAGGCCGAGCUCUUUGAUUGGCUAAGCUGCUCUUUGAGAGUCAGGGACGGAGCUUCAGAUCUAGUGGUCAUCAGGAAGAAAGGGGCGGAGUUUUCCUCAAGGCAGCAGCAGCAGAGUUUUGUGAGGAUGACGAUGAAGAAGGCGGUCUCAGGUGUGUUCAGGACUCAGGUGUUCUCUGCAUCACGGACCUCUCUGUCCGACGCUCAUCGUUUCUGUCAGGACGGCUGCAGCCGCGACGCCUGCUGCGACGGGUUCAUCCUCAACCAGAACGUCCUGAACGGAGGUUCUCUGCUCUGUGGUUGGCUGAGAGCUCCGUCAGUCUUGAUGUGCGAGGACCAGGACUGGGAUGUGAUUGGACAGGGGAAAGCCAGCCGUAUCUGUGGGGCGGGGCUUACAUACAACGAGCAGCAGAGGAGCUUCGUGUUCGACCUGGGAGGACAGAAGUUCACCAUCACUGAUUCCGCUCUGCCCGCCGACAGCAAGAACGAGAAGGACUACCAGGCCUCCAUCAUCAACUUCCAGGCCAUCUACCUGAACACAGAUCCAGCUCCUGGUUCUUCUUCGUGUGCAGUGGCAGCAGAGCUCGCUCCUCCUCUGGACGUUUCAGUUCAGCAGAAGUUCGAGUCUCUGUCCGAGGACGACGUUCUCGUGGAUCCUCUGAUGAAACUCCCCACGCUCUCCUUCUGGCUCAACGAGAACAACUUCGACUCCCAGCAGGCACUGCUGUGGUGUCUGACCCGCUGUGACUCUGAGCAGCUGUGCUCCCUCGCUGACCUCACACCCUCACCUGGAUUCUUCAGGUGCUCCUUGUUACCUGACAGCCGAGAGUGUGUAGCAGAUGACAAACCUCUGAGACGCCCCUGUCGCCCCCUGCUGGACAGAACGCCUAACAACACCUACAGCAAGAAGGUUGAUCUGUCCGGAGCCGUGAAGAGUUUCUACGAGAGAGUUUCCUUCAAGAAGAUGGUUUCUUACUCUGUACGCAGCCGAGUCAGCGUGACAGGAAGCACGCCGCUGUCUGACGGGUUCAGGGAGUGUGAGCGGCGCUGUGAUGAAGAUCCUUGUUGCCGUGGUAUCGGCUUCGUCCGAGACACCAAAUCACCAGGGGGGUCAGACGUGGUGUGUCUGUCUCUGAUCAGUCUCGGGGUUCAGACCUGCGCUGAAGACGAGUCCACCACCUGGAGGAGUCAGGACUGCAAACCGUCUGUGGUGCAGACCACGCCGGACCCCUUCGGAUGGUACCAGAAACCCGUGAAUCAGUGGACUUCCUCUCCGGCGCUCUGUCCUCCGUUCAACCUGCAACGGUACAACAACAGGAACGUGUCUCUGGAUCAGUGGAGACUCCUCUCAGAGUCCUCAGUCCUCGUCGACCCGUCUCUCUCUACGUAUGAUGUCAUCCACGUGAGCCGGGACAUGGCCACCGUCCGUAACAAGACCAGGGACUUGUGUCUCCACGCCUGUCAGGAGGCGGAGUCUUGUGUCGCCGUCUCUCUCAGUGAGGCGGAGUCCGCCAUUCGCUGCGUUCUCUACCCUGACACCACCGCCUGUGGAUUAAGCUCCACCCCUACUUCGAACAGCCCAUCAUCCUCCUGCAGACUGGUCAUCAGAGAGCCCGCCCCCCAGGUGUACCUGAGGACAGAGCGGUUGCUACCGGUUACGUCGGUCUCCAUCCCAGGUCAUGGCACCCUGCAGGGCGUUGCCAUGGAAACCGCCCUUGGCUCAGACAGGAAGACUGUCAUUCAGUUCCUGGGCGUCCCGUACGCCCGUCCACCAAUAGGACUGCUCCGCUUUGAAGACGCUCAGCCGUUUGAUUGGUCAGGAACCUGGGACGCCACCAAACCCCGUUCCAGUUGUAUUCAGCCCGGCGAUGUUGAGUCUGCAGCCUCCAGUGAGGACUGUCUCUACCUCAACAUCUUCACACCUGCAGCUCAGAGGGGGCGUGUCCCAGUCCUGGUCUUCUUCUACAACCCUUCAGCCAAUCAGAACCCAGGGAUCUUGGAUGGCUCCACCCUCGCUGCUGUGGGUGAUGUCGUCGUGGUAACGGCCAGUUACAGAGCCGCCGCUCUGGGCUUCCUGAGUACAGGGGCGUCUGGUCUCCAUGGUAACUACGGCCUGUCGGACCAGGAGGCGGUGCUUCGCUGGGUCAACGCCCACAUCUCUCUGGUGGGCGGAGACAAAAUGAGAGUGACAGUGGGGGCGGAGCGUCGUGGAGCUGACAUCACCAGCCUUCACCUCCUCUCCUCGUCUCCUCCUCUGUUUCAGAGGAUGCUGCUGAUGGGCGGCUCUGUGUUUUCUCCUUCACUGAUUCAGACCACGUCCGCCUCCAGACGCCAGGCUCUCGAGCUCGCCAAAGAGCUUGGCUGUGACCUCACUGAUGAUGUCAAGAUGGCCGCCUGCCUCAGAGCGACUCCUGUGCACACGCUCAACGCCGCCCAGACCAAGAUGUUGGCGGUCAGCAGUCCGUUUCAGUCCUGGUCUCCUAUCCGUCAGUCGCUCUCUCAGUCCUUCCACAGAGUCGACCUCAUGCUGGGAACAUCCGAGCAGGACGGCCUGAUCAGCCGAGCUCGCAGGAUAAAGGACUUUGAGGCUCUGCAGGGACGGCGUCCCAAGACGGCGUUUUACGAUGCUCUGAGUCGCUCCUUGAAGCAGGUGGCGUCCUGGUUCUACUCUCUGGAUCAAAAUCCGUCAACAGCUGGUUUCAACCUCAACAACGCCACCAGAGAUCUGUUCAUCAUCUGUCCCAGUCUGCAGAUGGCUAGCCACUGGGCUAACAACAAAGCUAACGUCUUCCUGUACCACCAUCCUGUCAGCGCUGACAGCAGGGCCGAGGUGUCUGUUCCUCUGGACGUUCAGUUUGUGUUCGGGACUCCUCAUCAUCCAAUGAGCUCUCAGCGUUUUUCCUCGUCUGACCGCCGCCUCUCUCUGGCGGCGAUGAGCUACGUCUCCAGCUUCGUCCGCAGCGGGAACCCGAACCCUUCGCCUGUGUGGGCGGAGUCAGCUCUGCCCCGCUGGCAGCAGGUCCUGUCCUCUGAGGCCACGCCCACCUACCUGCAGCUUAGCCCCGCCCUCGAACAUCAGCAGGGUCUGAGUCGGAACUCGUGUUCGUUCUGGAGUGAACUUGGAAACAGACUGAGCGGUAAUUCGGGGGCGGAGCCUGUCCAGCCUGCGUUGAGCCUUGCGAUCCCAUUGGCUGCUCCAUCCAGCCAAUCACAGACCGAGAAAGACGCCUACAGCUGAGCGGAUGACAUCAUCACCUCUUCUUCAUGACAUCACAGUUUCCUGUUUUAUUAUUCACAUUGAUCAAAAACGUCAAAAUCAAUAAAGCAUCUUAAACUCCA